UCACAAUCCUUCCUCAAAUCACAUGGCUGUCCGUGUUUUGACCCCAAUCUCCCUAAAGUGUCUGGCACUCCCAACUGAAGGUCGUUGUCAAACACUAUAUCGACGUUUUCCAGCUCAUUCUUUGCCAAUAUCUUCGCUUGAAAACUUGGAAUACUCGCUUUUCUUGCUGGGAUUUAAAAAUUCUUCUAGUUUGACGGCACAACACGACAAGAUGAAGAAACUACUUAAAAAGGACCAUAAAGACAAAAGUGAAAAGGAAGACAAGAAAGAGAAGAAAGAAAGGGAGAAAAAGGAGAAAAAAGAGAAAAAAGAAAAGAAGAAAGAAGAGAAAUUGGCUAAGAAAGGUCAUUCUCAGUCAUCGACAAGCCUUGACGCUCAGAAAUCCAGCGAAUCAUCGACCGUUGUCAAGACAACUACACUUUCCAGUAGCCCUGGGACUACAACCAAGACGGUCGUCAAGGAAACGACAAGAGAUAGUGAAGGGGAACGCUCGACAACGACGACUACCGUCAAAGAGACGACCGCAAAACCUGUGGAGAAUGGAGAAACUGUUGUUCAAAAGACAACGACUACAAUCACAAAAUCUGAACCGAAACCAUCCAACGAAGAAGCUUCAAGUGUUGUUGAAAAGACAACUACCAUCAUUAAGUCUGACCCGGAACCAUCCAACGAAACCGCCCUAACUGUUAUUAAAAAAACUACAAUUACCGAGUCUGAGCCAAAAAUAAGUAUGGAAGACGCUCCAAGUUUGGUGGAGGAGACAAAGACUAAUCAAUCUGAAUCGACGCCGCCUGUUGACUCCAAAACUGUUGUCAAGGAAACAACAAUCAAGUCACCAGGAAGAGAAGAAAGAGUAGUUAUUACCCAGACAUCUUCACAGGUGGAAUCCAUUCCUACGACAAGAGAGUUCUUAGAGAAAAACUUUCCUGAAACAGCAAUGUUUGACAGGACACAAAUGAUCCAAAACAAAUUGGAUGGUGAAGAUAAACCUCUACAUUUCUCAUCACAGAAGACCGUGAUUAAAGAAGUUGGUGAUGGUGGGAAUACAGUGAAGACAGUAACAAAGGUAAUUGCAGAUGAUGGAGGUACAACAACAACAAAAACUACAACAUCAUCUCGAGGCAAUAAUGACCAUGUCGUUUCUGUUGAAUCCAAAAGAAAAGCAGACUUGCCUGAUUGGCUGGAGGUGAAGGAGGACGAACCUAAGGGUAAAGCCGUUAUUGACGAUUCCAUCAAAAUACCAUCUCCUGCAGUCGAGAAGAAAGAAAGGACACAGCCUAAACCCACUGGACCUGCCGUGAUUGAACAGAUUCAAUCAAGUGAUCACAAAAAGGAAGAUAUAUCAGGUUUCCUUGAUAACUUGUCAUCUGAGGGAAGCAAAGAUCAAUCCAAGAAGGAAAACCAAACACCGACAACGAAUGCUGAGGAAAAGAAUCUCGCAGGGUUGAUGGAAUCGUUGGAAAGUGCUCCCAAAUCACAAUCUACACCCAUAACAACCCAUACUAAACCAGCAACGCAAGAUACAACUCUAGUCACUCCAAAAACCAAAGAUUUUACUUCAGAACCGCAAACUCCUCCCAAACCGCAAGAAGCACCUACCACACAAUACAACCAUGAAACGCAAGUUGCACAACAACAAGAGAAGCCAAGACAGCCCACGAAGCCUAAGAACCAAGAAAAGAUGCUUCUCGAGCGAGAAGUGAAAAGAUUCAUCAAAGAUGGAGAAGCUUUUGAAACGAUUACGGAAACCUUCAAGGACAAAGAUGGUAAAGUUGAGACAACCACAACCACAAGAAAAAGACAUCAACCAAAAGAAGUGGUUGAUCUUAAUGCUAACAUCUUGUCACAACCUAUCAAAGGAACCGAAAAGAAAAAGAAAUACGAGGAAGACGACCCUUUUGUCCACGAGGGCGAAGUUGUCAAUCCAGAAGAGGUGCUUGAAGAGAUACUUGUUGUCGAGAGAAAAAGAAAAGUUCGUUUUCCAAAAAGUUUCGUUCCCCGAACACCAGAGCGACCAAAGUCCUGGGGCUUACCACUAGAUCUUUUGAUAGAACGUCAAAAAAGUCCAAAAAAGAUUCCUGGUUAUGUAUACGGCAGGGAAGUGACAGAGAAAAUAGAAGAGAAAUCAAAGGACCCUGACGCUGAACUGCAAGAACUUGAUCGAUUACUCGCUGUCAUAGAAGCAGCUGACGGUUAGCACUCGUAUUUAACUAUCACUUGAUCAAUAAAUUGGAUAAAAAUCAUUAUUGUAGAGUAAAAGACAGAGAUCAAUGUUUAUCAUCAAGAUAUCAUCCAGUACAUGAUCAUAAGCUAAGAUGUAUAACAUCCAUAUUUAACGACGAGUUACUGUCUAAGAUGUUUGUCCUAAAACUUAAAAAAGUUGUUAAAAAUAGUAACAAAUCUGAUGUAAACGUUAUUCCCCCGAUCGCAGAGAUCGGAAAAGUCAUUGCGAAAAUAGGGGAAAUAAAACAAAGUAUGAUGAACAAUUCA